AUGUGGAGGGAGACUUUGAAACGAAUUACAGGUAUAGUAGCUCUCGAAGGGUCGAUAAAUAAUGUAGCUAAUACAGCCAAUGAUAGAAUCUACAUCUCUGGAGACACCUUGAUGUGUGAUGAGUUAAAGGAGAUCCCGAAAAUCUACGCUGACCAAAAGAUAGACUUGAUGCUCAUCCACCUUGGAGGCACAACCAUCCCAUCUCCUCAUAUACCCUUAUUAAUGGUAACAAUGGAUGCAAAGCAAGGAAUAGAGCUACUGAAACUGGUCUGUCCAGAUAUGACUAUUCCCAUUCAUUACGAUGAUUAUGAUGUCUUUCUAUCACCUCUAUCGGACUUCAAGAAAGCGGUGGAGGAGGCCGGCUUAAGCAGCAAAGUGGUAUAUCUGGACCGCAAGGAUCAGUACAAAUUCAAAACCACAUGGACCGAUAGUAGUUAA